CCAGGAAACUAGAUUGCGAAACCUUAGUAUUGUUUUGGUUUUGUAUUUUGAUACAACAAUCUGAAGACAAAGAAUCUUUUAAAUAAUGCAGGAUAUAAAACUAAUGGAUGAAAUACAUAACUUAAUAUAAACUCCACAAUGUUCCCCUCUUGAAUUAUUAGACCGUCUCAACGUAAAUCAUUAAAUUUGUGUAAAUAACUAAGAAUCUUAAGUUAGGUAUUUCGCUAUCACCUUCGGCAAUAGGCCGCCUUUUAAAUUGGAUUAAUUGGAGAAUAAUUUAACAAUCAUUAUAAUACAAUAACGUUCAGGUCUGCAAACUGUUGAAAGCAUUGGUGAUGUAUGCAUGCCUUGUUUGUAUGUGUACAUGGAAGUUUACAACACCAUCAGAGCCUGGAUUUACCAUGCUAUGGGCUUACAUCAAGCACACAUCAACACUUACCAAAACAUACUAUAUGAUUAAAUAAAUCAUGGCGAUUUUUGCAUGAACUAUGCAAACAUAAAUAUCAAAUGUUCUUUCAUUCUUCAUGAUAAGUGGUUUGUCAGUUAUUAAAAAUCAUGGGAAAGCUUACUAGAAGUAAGCUUUCCAAAUACCACAAAACAUUCAACAGCAGCAUACUUCUAAAAAACAGUUCUAGACGCCGGAAUCAGGACUCCGAGAGGAUUUUUUGAAGGCAAUUUUGUCGACUUGGGCAAUUAUUUUCCGUGUUUGAACAUAGAGCAGGCUUUACCUACCUCUGUAGUGGGGGGCAAAUAUUGCAGAAUACGCAUACCAUUGAACCAGCAAUUGGAAUUGCCCACGUUGCCUACGUUGCCUGACUUUCCCGAUUUUGAGUGGCCUGACUUACCAUGGCCCGAGCUGCCAUGGCCGGAAUUGAACCCGAAUACGUCACGUAUACCAAGGAGCACUUUGGAUCAACUAAGUCGAUUCUCGCAAAUGCAGCAAGGUCUCGAUGCCACUUUCCAUACUGGGCGAUCUUUAAGCUCGAUAGCUAUAAGCGUCGCUGUAUGCCUGCCCAAAGCUUGCACCACUAGAGAGGCGAUAGAUGGUUUGAUGUUUAACAGUACGGCCAUCGGCUUACAAUAUGAAGACAUGUACUGUAGACUUCCGAACGACAAACCCUGGGCCGCUGCUGACUACGUAGCAAUUGCCCUAUUUUCUCUGAUCGGUUUAAUCACGAUUCUGAGCACGUCCUAUGAUGUUCGACACACUGUGGUGUUGAAAACAGAUCCAAAGAGAAUCAGCAAGUUAUUCCAAGCUUUCUCGCUGUACACCAACACGCGGCGUCUCUUCACUUACACGCCAGCUACGGGUACCAUCGAGUGUCUAGACGGAAUCAGGGUGUUCGCCAUACUGUGGGUCAUCGUGGGCCACACUUUCCUGCUUCAUGUCAAUAGUACGCUAACGAACCCGCUGGAUGGCAUCAAAUGGUUCACAUCACUCGGCGGUCUCUGGAUCAACAACGCUCCCAUGAGCGUGGACUCGUUCUUCAUGAUAAGUGGUUUGCUGGUUGUUUACACCACCGUUGGAAAGUUGACUAGAAGAAAACUCUUUCAAAACCUCCACCUAUACUAUCUGAACCGUUUGCUGCGAAUGUUUCCCAUUCUGGCCACAUUCGUUCUGAUCCAAGCGACCUUCCUGCACUGGGUGUCGGAUGGGCCAAUGUGGAACCGAGUGGUCUUCGAGACACACAACUGCCGCGUGUUUUGGUGGACCACGCUGUUGUACAUUCAGAAUUAUGCCAGCCCUGAUCGUAUGUGCCUGCCCCACUCUUGGUACCUGGCCAUCGACAUCCAGCUGCAUAUCCUGUCCCCGCUGGUGCUGUUCUGGAUCCUGGGCACGCGGAGACGGGUGGCGUGGGUCGCUUUAACGAUCACCACGGUGGCCUCCAUCACUGCCGCCACCGUCUAUAACACCAUCAAGCAGUUCCCCUCCACGCCUAUUGCGCCGCACGGUGAUUACACCACGUUCAGUAAUCUGUAUUACUUCAAUACGCUUACCCGUUGUUCGCCGUUCUUCAUCGGAAUGAUGUACGGGUAUCUGCUUCACUUGUGUCGAGGGAAAAUCGUCGUUAUACCGAAGACGUCAGUGGCGAUACUAUGGCUGUGCGCGUUCACGCUGUCGACCACCGUGUUCGGCGUGACGUACCCGCUGUUCGACGUGACGUGGCGCAACCAGACCGUGGACACGCUGUACAACUCGCUGGCGAGGCCGGCGUGGGCCGUGGCGUUGGGCUGGCUCGUGUUCGCCUGCCACCACGGGUACGGCGGUCCGAUAAACUGGUUCCUGUGCCUGCGCAUAUGGAAGGUGCCGAGCCGCAUCUCGUACGCGAUGUACAUCACUCACUUCACCAUUAUGAUCAUGUUCGUAUCGACCGUCGUGGUGCCAUUCUACUUCACUGCGCAGAGUGUUAUGUUCAACUUCUACCGCGAUUUGGUGAUAACGCUCGUGGUGUCUUUCAUCCUCACUUUGUUCGUGGAUUCGCCUUUCUCCACUCUAAUCAAAAUUUUCUUGGGAGGCGGCCAAAGAAGAACUGAAAAGCCGGUGGUCGUGGACGGACCAAAGAAUCUUCCAUCGACUGUAGCGUACAACCAAGCGUACGUCGAUACUGAAUCGAAGAUCGUGGCAAAGUUAUAGUCACUUGUUUAUUAUAGCAACUUUACGAAACGAUUUAUUUGCGUAGGCAACACAAGCUACUACUAGAAUUUGACGAUAUAAAGGUUUCUGUUAUAUCUUUAUAUGUCAAUGAAUUGUUUCCGAGUGUUAGUUACUUUUAUAUAUAAAUAUCGCCUCAUUAGUGUAGUUGCAGUAAGGGCUGAUUAAACUGUAAAAACUUGAAUUCGAUUGUCAGAAUCUAAUCGAUUUCUAUCUUAAAUCGAUCUAAAUUUGCAAAUUAUCUAUAAGAUUUUUUUAAAUAUCUAAUUUGUGCUAAAUUUAGCUACAGGCUCGAUUUCUAAGAGAAUAUCGGGAAGUCGGCUAGUCGUCAGGCCAGUGUACAUCUUUGCCUAUUUCGAAACAGUGGAAUGAGAUUUUAUUAUAAAUAAACUUGGCAUUAGUUUAUGGAGGAAAA